CCCCAGACACUACCCACUGAUCUGACCCACCGCCACCCACCCUCCCUUCCCCGGCGAGUCGCCGACGGCCAUGCCCCCCGUCUCUGUCCAGCUCCACAGCCUCCUCUUCAAGCUCCUCCUCCGCCGCCGCCUCUCCUCCCUCUCCGCCUCCGCCCCCACCUCGUUCGGCGUCUCCUCCCGCCCCGCCGACCACCGCCCCUCGCCGCCCUCGAACCCGUCCUUCUCCCCCGCCUCCCCCGACGGCGUCGCCACCAAGGACCUCCACCCGGACUCGCUCUCCUCCCUCCACCUCCGCCUCUUCCUCCCCAACCCCCACCACCACGCCGCCGUCAGCCCUGUACCUCAUCCCCUCCGCCGCAACUCCUUCCCCCAACCCGACCACGCACCCGGCCAGGGGCUCUCCUGCCGCGCCAGCUCCAGCUUCCACGGCGUCGGCGUCUCGCCCGCGCUGGCCCCCAAGGCGGCGCGCGACUACGGCGGGUACCUCCCGACCACCGCGCAGUCCGCGAGGAAGCUGCCGGUGAUCGUGCAGUUCCACGGGGGCGCCUUCGUCACCGGCGCCGCGGACAGCGCCGCCAACGACGCGUUCUGCCGCCGCGUCGCGCGCCUCUGCGACGCCAUCGUGGUGGCCGUCGGGUACCGCCUCGCGCCCGAGAGCAGGUACCCCGCUGCGUUCGAGGACGGGGUCGCCGUGCUGCGAUGGAUCGCCAAGCAGGCCAACCUCGCCGCGUGCGGAAGGACCAUGGCGAAGGCGGCCGGCGCCGACUCGUUCGGCGCCGCGAUGGUCGAACCAUGGCUCGCCGCGCACGCCGAUCCGUCAAGGUGUGUUCUCCUUGGCGUCAGUUGUGGAGCGAAUAUUGCUGACUAUGUGACACGAAAAGCUGUUGAGGCUGGGAAACUCCUCGACCCUGUGAGAAUUGUUGCGCAAGUUCUGAUGUAUCCGUUCUUCAUGGGAAGUGCACCCACUCAAUCAGAACUGAAAUUGGCAAACUCAUACUUCUAUGACAAGUCAAUCUGUUUACUCGCCUGGAAACUCUUUUUGCCUGAGGGUGAAUUCAGUUUGGACCAUCCAGCUGUGAACCCUCUUGUACCUCGAAGAGGCCCUCCGUUGAACCUUAUGCCUCCAACCCUGACAGUCGUUGCAGAGCUAGACUGGAUGAAGGAUCGUGCAAUAGCAUACUCGGAGGAGCUCCGCAAGGUAAACGUGGAUGCCCCUGUUCUCGAGUACAAGGAUUCAGUCCAUGAGUUUGCCACGCUAGACGUCCUGCUGCAAACGCCGCAGGCUCAGGCUUGUGCUGAAGAUAUAGCCAUCUGGGUUAAGAAGUACAUAUCACUGCGUGGCCAUGAAUUGUCGUAUUGACCCGUCUCGAUGAAAUUGUAACCUCAGUUGCCCACCUACAUCAAGUCAUGCAUCAAACCAGGUUCGACAUUACUUCAUUCUCGCUGCACUGUCGUGGUAACCAUAUGAUGGGGAAGGGAGAGUCUAUCGGCUGAGUGUAACAUAGCGCUCUCAUCAGAGAUGUUGGGUGAUUGUUUCAUGGUAAUUCAAACUGCCCAGGGUAAUCUGAGGUAAUCCGUGACCGGUCUGAGAUUGUACAUUUCCACGUUCUAAUGGCAUUUGAAGCUUUCAUGUA